GUAUGGAUGUUCCCAUGCAUGCUCCUCUCCUCCUAAAUCAAAACCCAAAUCUCUCUUUAGAUAUUCUCUCUCUCUCUCUCUCUCUCUCUCUCUCUCUCUCUCUCUCUCCCUCCUGAAAGUUUACUCCAAAGAGUUUCAUAAGGUUCUUAAAAUUUUCUCAAAGAUAUGGUGUCUAAAAUGGAAGAAGCAAUGAAAAAGAAGCAGCAAAAAGAGCAGCAGCAGCAUCACCAGCAACAGCUGCAGAAACAAAUACAGUGCAACAAAGGAAAAGCUGUCAAAUUCAAGAGAAGCAGUUCCAAUCUUGAAGAGGAUGGUGUUUCCACUGCCAUUCUCUUGCUUGCUUGUAUUGCUUGUGCUCCUUCAAAUUUGUAGAAAUAUAGAGUAUCAUAUAUAUAUAUAUAUAUAUAUAGCUUAAUAGUUGUAGUUGUUAUAUAUCCCUCUCUCUCUCAAAUUCCCUAUUAAGCAGCUAGUCCUUAUAAUGUAACUUUUUAAUUUCUGUUCCUGUCCUGCUUUUCUUCUUGGUGUGAGUUAAAAACUUCUACUUUAUAUAUCUUUCCUCACAUAUUUCUUA